AUUGGUUUUUGUUUCCUAUUUUCAAAACUUUAUCGUCUCCCGUAGCAUUUAAAAAAAAUGUCUUUGCGCAGCUCAGGAACAUGUUGCGCUGUUCGCGGUUGUACUAACAACCAGAUGAAGUUGAAUCUGUGGCUCCAACAGCAGUGUUUUGAACAUGCACCCCGAACUAAGAGAGAAUGUUGUUGUGAGAAACGGUACAGCUUCUACCUAAAACGUUGUACGUGUGCUCUUUUCACUUUGUUGACAAAAAGCCCACGCAGGAACACCCGCACCCUACUUUAUGGUUGGAAUAUGACAAACCACCGGAGAAGAGACGCAGGGUACUGAAGAGGGCUGGCAGCAGUGCCACGACAACAACAGGUACCAUUUCAUGUGUGAUGAACAAGAUGAGAGAUGAAUCAGGGCGAGGAGGUGUGUGCAGCAGCAAAGUCAACCUGUGAUGCCCAGACACAGUGGUCAGACCCAGCAAUGGAGGCUCACAGAUAUUCAAAAGGGCUCACCAUCACGUAUAAACAUCCACCACCACCAGAAAUGCCACACCCUGUAGCUGACAGCAUAGUAGAGAGUGAUGCAGACUCCCUUCUGUAUACAGGGAUUCCACUCGCAGUAUUUCGAACGCUUAUUGCCUGCCUACACCCAUUUGCCCCAGCUUUACCAUCAGUGCCAUUUGUGGACCAAAUUCUGAUGACUUUGAUGAAACUAAGACAAAACUUUGUCAUGGCUGAUUUAGCACACCGAUUCAAGGUAUCACAAGCUCAGGUCAGCAAGACAGUGAGGAUGUGGGUAGACAUUAUGUGUGAACAAAUGAAGGAUCUCAUUGUGUGGUUGCCUCGUGAAACAAUCAAAGCAACAUUGCCAAAAGCUUUUAAAGACCACUUUGCUAAUACAACCUGUGUAAUUGACUGCACAGAGACAGUUCUACAAAAAGCAAAAAACCUGAAUUCAAGAAGUGAGUCAUACAGUCGCUGUUAUGCAAAUAACACAGUUAAGUAUUUAGUAGCUGUUUCUCCCUCUGGAAUAAUCAUGUUUAUUUCUGACUUUUAUGGUGGAAAAUGCAGUGAUAGGUACAUAACACAGAACUCUGGUUUUCUGGACUACUUACGUGCUGGAGAUGAGGUGAUGGGUGACCGUGGGUUCACGGUGAGGGACUUGCUGGAGGAGCAUCAGGUAAACAUCAUCAUUCCAACAUUCACACGCAAAGGGUGCCGGCUGACAAACAAGGGGGUCACACGUACACGCCGCAUUGCGCAUGCUCGCAUUCACAUUAAGCGGGCAAUAAGGUGUCUGAAGGUCUACAAGAUUCUCUCACAAACGGUGCCAAUCAACUUGGUCCCCAAAAUUGAUAAGAUUCUCAAAAUCUGUGCAGGUUUAGUGAAUUUAAGAGGGGUGCUAAGUUCAAGAAAACAGUGAGAAGGCAUUUAAUGUUACACAUAUAUACACUCAACAAAAAUAUAAACGCAACACUUUUGG